CUCCAGCAGGAGGGAGUGACUUCCGGGAGGCCGCCUGAGGGAGCGGCCGGUGAAGGAGGCGGUCCUGGCCCGGCGGGGUUGGAGCGGAGAUAGCGGAAGGGUUGAAAGCGGCAGUACAGUGUGUUUCUGUGGUAUGACUCCUUCACCUUCCUGAGACCUUGGCACACUCCAUUGCUUGAGUAAGAAUGCCUUAAGAAGAAAACUAUGGAUAAAUAUAUUAAAGUGCAAAAAAUUGGAGAAGGAUCCUUUGGGAAAGCAUUUCUUGUGAAAGAUAAAGAAAAUAGCCAGCAGUAUGUUAUUAAAGAAAUUAACAUCUCUAAGAUGUCAAAUAAAGAGAGAGAAGAAUCAAGGAGAGAAGUUGCUGUACUGGCCAACAUGAAACAUCCAAAUAUUGUACUGUAUAGGGAGUCAUUUGAAGAAAAUGGUUGUCUGUACAUAGUGAUGGAUUACUGUGAAGGAGGAGAUCUCUUUAAAAAAAUAAAUGCCCAGAAAGGAGUCUUAUUCUCUGAGGAUCAGAUUCUGGAUUGGUUUGUACAAAUCUGUUUAGCACUGAAACACAUACAUGAUAGAAAAAUCCUACACCGCGACAUAAAGUCACAGAAUAUAUUUUUAACCAAAGAUGGAACAAUACAGCUGGGAGAUUUUGGAAUCGCGAGAGUUCUGAACAGUACUGUGGAAUUGGCUCGCACUUGCAUAGGAACACCAUACUAUCUAUCACCUGAAAUAUGCCAGAACAGGCCUUACAACAAUAAAAGUGAUAUCUGGGCCCUUGGUUGUGUUCUCUAUGAAAUGUGCACGCUUAAACACGCAUUUGAAGCUGGUAACAUGAAGAACUUGGUACUGAAGAUAAUCUCUGGAUCUUUUCCUCCUGUUUCUACGCAUUAUUCCUAUGACCUACGUAAUCUACUCUCACAGUUAUUUAAAAGGAAUCCUAGGGAUAGACCAUCAGUAAACUCCAUAUUGGAGAAAAACUUCAUAGCCAAACGGGUUGAAAAAUUUCUCACACCACAGCUUAUUGCAGAAGAAUUCAGUCACAAAAUGUUUCACAAGUUUGGACCACAUGCUGCACCAGCUAAAAGACCAGCUCAAGGACAAAUCUCGGCUUCAAUUGCACCAGCUCAGAAAAUUACCAAACCUGCUGCAAAAUAUGGAGUGCCUUUAGCGAUGAAGAAGUGUUAUGACGCACCCAAAAAGCUUCAUGAGAAAAAAACAUUGAUUAAACUUAGGCAGGCCUAUCCGACUCCAAAGAAGAAAAUUAUUCCAGGAGAAGAAAGGAGGAAAAUGUUUGAGGAACCUUCAAAAAAGAAAAGGUUAGAAUUGCCUGAAAAAGAAAAACGCCAGAGAGAUCAGAUCAGUUUACUGAAGGCAGAAGAAGUAAGAAGACUGGAAAAAGAAAGGAUGGAACGAAUAAACAGAGCCAGGGAACAAGGAUGGAGGAAUGUGCUUGGUUCAGGUGGAAGUGGUGAUGUUAAGGCACCAUAUUAUGGCGGUGGAGGUGGUGUUGGUCCUUUUCCUGCCUCUUUGAGAGGACAGUAUGAGCACAACGAUGCUAUUUUUGACCAGUUGCAAAAGGAAACCUUCAAAGUAACUAAAGAGAGGCAAGCCAAAUGGAGGGCAGAAGUACAAGGCCAAGAAGUUGUUGAGAGAGGAAUUCCACCUGGAGUUCGUCCAGGAGUUCCUAAGGGGCCUGCAGGUCAUCACCAUUUACCUGAUGCUGAUGCAAUUAGGAAAAAAGUGAAAAGGUUGAAGGAGGUGUCUAAACAAGCCAGUGCAAACAGGCAGAAAGGAUGGUUACCUGCAGAAAGAGCAAAGCAAGUUGAAGAAUUCUGGCAACGAAAGAGGGAAGCCAUGCAAAACAAAGCUCGUGCUGAGGGACACAUGGGUACACUGCAAAACGUGGCAGAUAUCUAUGGAGGCAGGCCCAUGUCUGCAAGAGGAAGGAAAUCCAGAAACAAGGAAGAAGAGGAAUAUUUGGCAAGGUUAAGACAGAUACGACUACAGAACUUCAACGAACGUCAGCAGAUUAAAGCGAAACUUCGUGGAGAGAAGAAUGAAGCUCCCAGUUCUGAUGGACAGGAGUCAAGUGAAGAAGCAGAAAUGAAACGCAAAAAGAUAGAAGCACAGAAGGCCCAAGCAAAUGCUCGAGCUGCAGUUCUGAAAGAACAGUUGGAGCGAAAGAGGAAGGAAGCAUAUGAAAGAGAGAAGAGAGCUUGGGAAGAACAUCUGAUAGCAAAAGGAGUAAAGAAUCCCAAUGUGCCUUUUCAUGUGGGAGCAGCAGGACACAGUCCUGUGUAUGGAAUACAAGAGCCUGGAGUAUCUCUUCCUAAGCAACAGCUUCCAGUUAAGCCCAUCUCCAUGACUUCUGCUUUGAAAGAAGUGGGAGUGGAUGGAAAUGUAACCACUGCCCAGGAAGUUAAAGAGGAAAUAAAAAAGCCAGAUCUUGCAGUGCAGAACAAGCGGCAAAUACUGAAAAGAUUAAAUCAAAAUCUUAAAGCUCAGGAAGACGAGAAAGAAAGAAAGGAUGAUAAAAAUAUCUCUGAGUCAGAUGGCUCUGAAGAUGGUAAAGAAGAGCAAGAAGAUAACUAUCCACUUCUAGGAGAUCGCAAAAGAUGGGCAUCAAGGGCAUCAGAUUUGGUGGUUCCUUUAGCUCAGUUAUCAAUGGAAGAGUCUCUCUCUGGAACAGACCGGCAAACUAUGGGGGAAGUAAUUAGGCUGGAUAUUGGUGAACCUCGCAGGAAAGUCUGGGGCAAAAGCCCCACUGAUUCAGUCCUGAAGAUUCUAGGAGAAGCAGAGUUGCAGCUACCAACUGAAGUACUGGAAGAAAUAGAUGUAAUAAAUGAGCCUGAUGAUUUGGAAGCAGAGAUGUUGAAAGAAACUGAAGAAAAUAAAAAGCACCAGAGCAAGGAAUUUCCCAUCUCUGUUAAUGAAGUGUGGGUGAAAGAAAAACAGGAUAAUGCACAACAUGACAGAAGAGAUGAAGCAGUGUUUGAGAAAGCAGAGCUUGAUGAAGUGCAAUCACAAAAUGAAGCUCCAGGAGAAACUUGUUCCAGUGACUCUCUGCAACCGGAACCAUUAUUCCAGAGGGUAAUACAGCCCCCAGCUGUACCUACAGCCUCACCAGUUCUAUCAUCUCAGUCUUCCCAGGAAGAGCCUUUUGUACCUCGUUCUCGUUCCAUAUCGCCAGCAAAAAAUAAAGGGAAAAGUUCCUUAUUUUUUGGACUUUCUACAGGGCUGUUUGAUGCAAACAACCCAAAGAUGUUGAGAACAUGUUCGCUCCCGGAUCUUUACAAACUGUACAGAACCUUAGUUGAUGUACCCAGCAUAGCAGAUGUGCAGCAUCAACACAGUCUUGAAAUAGAUGAUACAGAAGAUGAGCAGGCCAAAGAAGGACCCUCUGAUUCGGAGGAUAUCAUGUUUGGGGAGGCUGAUACAGAUUUGCAGGAACUCCGGGCCUCAAUGGAACAAUUACUUAGGGAGCAGCCUGAGGAAUUAAGUGAAGAGGAGGAAUCUACUUUAAAGGCUAACGUCAUCAAAUGCAUAACAAAUGGUACAGAGCUGGAUGAAGCAGAUGAAAAUAACCCCAGCAGUGAAAGUGCACUUAAUGAAGAAUGGCAGUCAGAUAAUAGUGAUGGAGAUAUUGCCAGUGAAUGUGAAGAAUGUGAUAGUGUCUUCAGCCAUUUGGAAGAGCUGAGAUACAACCUGGAGCAGGAAAUAGGCUUUGAGAAAUUAAUUGAAGUUUAUAAUAAAAUAAAGGCUAUACAUGAAGAUGAAGAUGAAAAUAUUGAUAUUUGUUCAAGCAUAGUUCAGACUAUUCUGGGAAAUGAACACAAACACUUGUAUGCCAAAGUACUUCACCUAGUCAUGGCAGAUGGAGCCUACCAGGAAGAUAAUGACGAAUAAAGCUGACUCAGGAAACUCCUUAGUGCUGCACGACACAUCAGUGUUCAAAGUCUGCACAGCGGAGUAACAGACUGUAAUGAAAAUGUAACGUGGGGCAGGAGAAAGAAGAAUUGGAAAAAGAGUGCUGGCUGUAUGAAGCAGAGAGGAAAAACAUGCCUUUUACACUAAGAUAUGUAUACACUUCUCUUGUCUGUCUUGCAUACGUGGUCAUUAAGUAAUAGAUGCCUACAUUUGAAAAAACAAACUAUCAUCUCUCUCUCUCUCUACAAAAAAAAAAAGAAUAAAUGUAGCUGUUCUGAUACGAAACCAAUACUUACAAGGUAAACCUGAGUUCUUGUCAUAUCAACAGCUGGCUGAUAGGGUUAUGGAGCUGGAAGGAUUACUGUGUUGUGAAAGCCAUCUCUAGCUGUUCAUUUACAUACUUAAAGUAGUCCUUCUUUACUCCUGCAUAAAGAAACUGUUCAUUUUUAUUGACCUCUGUGUUUGUAUUUUAUUAGCAUCUUAACCUGGUGGUCCAGUUUGAGUAUUUCACUUUUUUCUUAAUAAAAUGUAUUUUGAAGCUAAAUACUUCUGUCACUUCUUAAGUUUCAUCUGAAAAAUCUUACAGGCUUUGUUUCUAACUCAAGGCAGACUGGUAUUUCAGUCAGUGAAAUACUUGAAUAUUUUAUUUUGGAAGCAGUGGAAUUAACAUGGAGCCAGAAGACUUCCCUUACAUUCUUCCUCCUCAAAAUCCCAAGAACUUACACUUGAAGUUUUGCCAUCCAGUCAGUGAUAAUGCAGUAUAUUGUUGAAAGAUGUUUUCUCUCCUGUUUGUUUUUAAAUUCUUACUGUUAUUUUCCUGGCCUCACAGCUAGAGGGGAAGGUAUGAAAUGUUACAGGCACGAGUGCUCUGUGAUUUGUCAUCUUUUGGGCUAUGUUUCAUAGCUUUAUAUCUUCUACCCCUGAAAAUUAAUUACCUGACCCACAUUUUUGUUUCUCCUGUCAAAGCAGUGCUGUACAGAGCCAACAUGAGCUAUAUUGUUCUCACAUCAUCACUGCAGAGGUUCAGUUGGCUUACCCAUACUAAAAGUCUCCUGUUGCAAACCAUCAGACUUCUAACUGUGCCCUACUGAAAGAAAUAAAAUAUUUUUUUCCAGCUCCUGCAAAAAUACAGCCAAUCUAUAACUGUCAGCUUUUCCACAAAGUACCAUCAGAUACACAUGGUUUAGAACUGAUGUGUACUGUAUGUUUUUUUUAUAAUUGUUUUAUGGAGUUAUGAUUGAAGUUUCACCCACUGAAAAGUAGUAUUUUUUUAAAUGUCUGAUUUAAGAUAGGUCAAAAUGACUCUAUUUCCAUAUUAUUUUCCUUUUUCUGUAUUGCUGUUCAAAUUGUAGCUUGCACCCGUUAGGAGGAAGAAGGACUAAAAUUCUUUAAUAUAGAGAGAUUUUUCUCAAGGAAAUACAAGCUGGGGGUUAGGUUGUGUUUAAUUGCUUUUCUGUUGAAAACAUCAUUAUUGACAUCCUUCAUUUCUUAUGCAGGUUGCUGGCUUGCAGACUUAAAGCUUUACAGACGUAGAGCU